UAAGGCACCUAUGAGGCAGGAACUGACGAUAAUUAGGCAAAAAUGGGCGGGGAUUGUGAAAUUCAAGGAAAUUAAUCUGACUGCUAAUAAAACAUACAACUGACAAACUCGCACAAAAUGUAAUAAAGAAUUAACACAUUAUAUGAGACUGUAACAAAAAACGGGUCAAAAGUUAUUUAAAUAGGAGGAACAUGUUUAAUUUCAACUAAAGGCUUAACAUCAAACAACAUGAAAUGUAAGCUUCGCCAGGGAAAAGAACGUGUGACCCUACGUCAUAAGAUUUACGUCCAAUCAGCACACGCGAUGCUUAACAGAAAACCAUUACUACAAAUCAGAAACGUCGCACUCUUUGUGAGUGGUGGGGUUUACGCGGUCUUAGCCAAUUAGCAGCCAAGUAUCGUCCCUUCCUGGCCGACUUGGCCGAGCUGUCAGCAGAAGGACGCUGACGUUGUACAAAGUUACUUUUCUCGUCCUCCGAUGGCUCCGAGCGCGCAGCUCAAAGAGGCGAUAGCGGAUGUGCAAGACGGGAUUCGGGCUAUCCUGCUCGGACCGCCUGGCGCCGGGAAGGGGACCCAGGCCCACCGUCUCGCCGAGUGCUACUGCGUGUGCCACCUGUCCACCGGAGACAUGCUGAGGGCCAUGGUGGCGUCUGGCUCGGAUCUGGGCAAGAAGCUUAAACAGACCAUGGAUGCCGGCAAGCUGGUCAGUGACGAGAUGGUGGUGGAGCUCAUCGAGAACAACCUGGACACUCCACCCUGCAGGAACGGCUUCCUGUUGGACGGAUUCCCCCGCACGGUCAAACAGGCGGAACUGCUGGAUGAUUUGUUGGAGAAAAGACACGAGAAGCUGGACUCUGUCGUGGAGUUUGCAGUGGACGAUUCCCUGCUGGUGCGCAGGAUCUGUGGCAGACUCUUUCACCAGCCCAGCGGUCGCUCCUACCACGAGGAGUUUAACCCCCCAAGAGAGCCAAUGAAAGACGACGUGACAGGCGAGCCCCUCAUCCGCCGAAGCGACGACAACGAGACGGCGCUGCGCUCCCGCCUGGAGUCGUACCACCGGCAGACGGCGCCGCUGGUGCAGUACUACAGCGCCAAGGGACUGCACGUGGCCAUCGAUGCCGCCAAGAGCCCCAGCGUCGUCUUCGCCUCCAUCGUGGCUGCUUUCACCGCCGCCACGGAAGCUCCCGCCCGUGUGACCGCCUGUAAAGUGUCCUCCGUUAUUAGCCUUAUUACCAGACUAGCUUGCUUUCUGUCAUCUUCUGGCCUGCCAGCAGAUUUCAAACGUCUCUGCGGACCCCCGACACCCCCAACUCAAAGCAGCAAGCUGAAGGAAGUCUACAUGUCCGUCAUAUGAUUGACACUAGACCCUCCAGUAAUGUCCGGCGGGAAUGUUUCACUCUUCAGUGGAGCUCAGCACUGCGAUAGCUCACUUCCCAAAAUAUCCUCACCUCCCUUUUUAAAAGCUGCACAUGAAGGCUUCUUGUUGCGCUUGAAAUGAGACUUUGUGCCUUCUUCCCUUCCAGCUGGUUGAAUGGCAUCCCAUCCAGGCGCAGGACGACGCCACGGACGGUGUGGUGGAGCAGUGAGGAGAAAUGUAGACCGAGGGUGAUGUCGGCCUUCAUCUUCCAGUGGCUUCAGACCAAAAGCAGUAUCUUCUUGUCAUUCCGCUUCCAAUAAACCUCACUUAUUUUGCUA